UUCCCUGUGUACUGUUCUGGUCCCAGUUGUUCAAAGGGUGGAUAACACUAUCCACCAGAUAACUCACUACCCAGUGGAUAAGUGUUGACAAAACAAACCACGCUAUCCACUGGAUAGUGAUUUAACAACUGGGGCCAGAAAAAGUGGAUGCUACUGUAUUUACACUGUGACUACUCCAACCAAGGCCCAUAAAAAUUCAACAAUAUUCUGUGCAAAUUGAAAAAAAAAUUUAGAUUUUCCACAAGUUAUUGAUACAAGCAAUCUGUACCCUACAGAAACAAUGAAGGCAACCAAUUUUUGUUUCAACAUGUAAAUGCUACUGGUCAAUUUUCAAACUAAUUGUGUGGGUGGCCUUGGUUACACUGCAAUAUGAUUGGCUGUUAAUACUCAUUGCUCCUGGCCAUGGUAUCAAUAGCAUUUACAAAAAAGUAUCUGUAAUUUUAAUAUGGUCAAAACCUCCAUACUAGUGAUUUUAACACUAAUAUUUCUGGAAUAAAUUAACAACUAUGAAGCUGGCCUCCAUAAUUGAUUUUUCAUUCUAGAUACAGUGAAACCUGUAUUAAGCAGACACCCUUGGGAACCUGACUAGUGUCCAAGUAAUACAGGGUGUCCGCUCAAAACAGGUUCUAAUAUGUUGUGCAAUAAUAGUUAAUUAUUAACGCUUUUGUAACACAGUGUAGGAUCAAAGACUAGCAUAGCACAAUGUCUAGUCAGUCAUUGAAUGCAUCAAUCUGAAAUAAUCACUUAGCUCUAGAACGACAUCGCUGAACAAUGUUAAAGGAGUCUCAGCUGAACCUUCAGAAGUAAAAAGCCCUUGAAGUGUCCGCUUAUUGCAGGUUUUGUGCAACAAAAUGGCUUAAUGUUGGUGUCUGCAUCCGCUUAACAGAGGUGCCUGCUAAAUGCCGGUUUAUUUUAUGGUAAAUGUAGGAAGAAAAUUUUGGGACUUCAGCUGGUGUGCACUUAAUAGAGAGUGUCUGCUUAAUAUGGGCUCCACGUGAUACAGGUUUCACUGUAUGUGCUCACUGAUCAUGCCAAAGGUCAAAAUAAUUCACUGAAUAAGCAAAGACAUUUUUUGAGAGACAUGUUCAAAGAAGACAACUUCAAGCAGAAAAUCAGCAAUCCUCAUAUGAGUUGUAUAUCAAUAAUUAUGAUUUGAGAAAACAAAGCUUUUGGAACAUGAGUGAAUGCGACGUUGAGCCCAAGUCAUCACACUACUAAUCAAUGGCUAUCUUAUUCUCUUGUUCAGUUCAGAUUACAACUGUUAUUCUUUUUUUGGUUGUACCUUGGAUCAUGGUAAAACAUAGCACUGCCUUCUGUUUUUGUAUUACAUUCUCUGCUCAUUCCACAUGUCUUGUUCAACCAACGAUCCACAGAAACAUGUUUUGACAUAAUUAGUAUAUUGCUUUGUAUUGCCUUCUUGUCACACAAUGGGAUAACAGCCUUGCUCAAACUUGCCCACACUUUGCCUGACUACAAGUACUGUUAUCAAAGUCAAGGCUAAUUAGUAGUAUUGAUUUUAUAGAUGAGCCCUAACCCCAACCUCAUCACAAACACUACCCCACCCACACUUUAUAGUGUUAUCAGUAUCAACGGAUCAGGUAACAGAAAUGUAGCUGAUGUUUACUGGAUUUGAUUCCAAUGAAAGACUCAUGUUUUUGAGCAGAUUCAGAGAGAUUUCUACAAGUUUUGGGGUGACCUGAACUACAUUCAAUAAUUUGAAUAAAAAAUAACUCAAUUGAGAUGUGAAAUAUAAUUAGAAUUGCCUAAUGCAAUAAGCAUACAUGAAAAGGCCGAUUGAAACUGUUAAUACAAUUUCAUCAGAAAUGAAAUCAAAGAUCUUGUAAAUAUCGGACUGUACAUAAACCGAUUGUUUCACAGAUUUUUAACACUGGAUUAUGACUGAAUUGAAAUAAAUUCCUUGCAUUUACCAGUAAACGAAUAUGUCUCGGUCCUUAAAAAAUUAGUAAUCAGGAAAUUAAUGAAUGUUAAGCUUAAAUUCUGCCUUGGAAAUCAUUGUUCAGUAGAUUGUUUGAACGUGCCGUGCAUGAUAAGUUCAGACAAGGUGUAUACAAUAUCAAAAGUGAGUAAUCAAUAGGGCAUUGUCUAACAAAGGAAGUGACUGAUAACCAUUGGUAUGAAUGGUGAGUGUUGACGCCACAUUAAGUGUGUAUUUAUAAUAAUAUUAGUCGGGGUCGGCACUGUUGCUUAUAUUCGAUCUGUAUCGCUGGCAUGGGAAAUACAGUCAGCCAACAGACUUUAUCAGUUAAAACGGUGAAAUGAAAACAAGAUUUAAGGAAAAAAAUUGUCAGUUUGUUUUUACAAUAAAUAUGUUCACGAGAAGACGACGAUCUACAAGUAGCUUACCACGCACAGUGUAUUUAAGACGUUUAAGCUUCAUAUCAUUUUUCACAGCUCAAAAAUAAAUUCUAAUAAAGUAAGUCGGCACUGAUACUGCUGGGCGGGUUGAUCGACAGCAUAUUUUUAGGAAUGAUAUUUUAGCGAUUGAAAGCGAAAGCUUUUAGUGGGAAGUAAAUCUUUGUGGGUAAUCAACUGGAGUGCUUAUCAGCUGUGUUGAUGUCAACACACAUCAUGGGGCAAUAAUGGACACGAUUUGUCUGUAAAACAUUAAUCAUGCAGCUAAACUUACUCGUUUUCGCGACGAUCCCUGCGAUUUCCUUUCUCCAUAUUAAUCUUCUGGCCGAAGUCACGAUGCCGUUCCUGUCUGCGGCUUGGGCCAGAAGAAUCAUGGUAAUUUAACCGCUGUUUUCCGCGCGAUCUCUUGUUCACGGAUCGUUCCAAACGCGCUGCGAGUCUCGACGAGGCCUCUCUCUCGCUUGAAUGAAGAUGCUCUUUGGACGACGAAGAACUUGGUCUCUGCGCAGCUGCUUCAAGUGACAUUUAAAUUAUGUUGUAAAGGAUAAGUACUCGGCAUCUGUAGGACGCCAGCAAUGUGGAAAACAAUAGUUUAUCGGCUUCAAUAUUGAAGUCUCAGUUGUGGUUUGGGAUUUUUGCACUUGUGAAAACAUUCUUAGCAUUCUUUCACAGCUUAGCAGCCUGGUGAUUUUUGGUCUCGGCCGAAGGGACUGAAGCUAGACUUGGUCUUAGGCUUUCUGGGUAUUUUAGAGAGACAAGUAACGCCUGGAGAUAAUUACUACUUCUGCAUGAAUUUCCCGCUGUUAAUCUCGCUCGCUUUCCGUCGGCGAUUUUUAGCGAAAAAUAAUAACUUCAUCAGGAAUUUGUCCCAUAAAAUAUCUACUAAUGUGAACAUGGCAAGCCGGAGACUGAUUUGGGUUGAUUUAGAGAUGACAGGUCUGAAUAUUGAGACAUGUCACAUUAUAGAAAUGGCAUGCCUUAUCACAGAUGAGAACCUCAACAUUGUUGCAGAGGGUCCUGACUUAGUGAUUCAUCAACCUGACAGAGCAUUGGAGGUCAUGGAUGACUGGUGUACCAAACAUCAUGGGGAGUCAGGUUUAACAGCUGCAGUAAGAGCUUCUAAAAUCAGCCUGUCACAAGCGGAACAGACAUUCCUGGAUUUUGUAAAAGAGCACACCCCUGCCAAACAGUGCCCACUGGCUGGAAACAGUGUCCAUGCAGACAAAAAGUUUUUGGACAAGUACAUGCCACAGUUCAUGGAUCACCUUCAUUACCGAAUUGUGGAUGUUAGCACUAUCAAGGAGCUCUGCAGGAGAUGGUACCCUAAAACAUAUCAACAAGUUCCAAGAAAAAAGGGCCAGCACAGAGCCCUUGAGGAUAUUAAGGAGAGCAUCACUGAACUUCGAUUUUACAAACGGACAAUUUUCAAAUAACCUGAUGAACAUCUGAUUGAAUGUGGUAGGCAAUGGAGAAAGAACUUUCAGGUGGAUCCAAGCUUCUGAAACCAAGUGUGGACAGGAAUGCUGAAAGGGACGUCGAGGACGACGCCUAGUCAAACAUGAAUUUAUAUUUAACCAGCGAAAUUCGCAGUUGCCCAGAUCUGUUCAGGACGCCAAUGGCUCUACAAACAUGCCUCAGGCUAAAUAUGCAAUGACAGCAUCCAACUCCAAAUGGAAAGACGAAAAAUUAGCCGCAGUCCUUCGCGAUCCUUAGACUACGCAGAACUUAGUCAUUUCACGUUG